AUGGAAAGUGGCUGGCUCGAAAGGUGCUACUUACUGAAACGGCAAAGGGUCGGAGGAGCCUGGUCAACUGAACUCGACUGUGCUCACCUCGGGCCGGGCAGGUGUGAGAAUGCUGACGAAGGCGAGCUCUGCUUAGCUCGGCUCCGGUGGCCAGUUGAUUCGUCGCCGGAGCAGAGAGCACCGAUGCUGAAUGUGGACGAGUGGCCAAUCGGAUGGCGAAUGCACACGAGAAGAGGAGGCGGCAACCAAGGCGACGUGAGUAGAUGCCCAGGCAGGCCUGCUGUAGUGGAGAGACGAAGGCAUGUGGACGCGGAGACCGGCGUGCGUCAGCACAUCUCUAGGUGCACACAACCACGAGGGUACAGCGAACUGCUGACAAAGACAGUUAGGCACUCAGACACUGCGCUUUGGCGAGCGUAG